AGCCCCUGCGUGUGAACAACAGAGAGAAAAUGAUGCUACCAGAAGAUACUUGGAUGAAAGGAAGUCCCAAUCCCUUCCUCAGUGCUUUUGCGCCUUUUCCGCGCUCCACCUGGAUCCAUCCGCACGUGCCGAUGGACAACUUUGACCGGGUCUGCAGAAACAUCUGGAGAAGAGAAAAGGAGGUAGAGGAGGAGCUUGACAGAUGUCAAAGUUCACCUGAAAGACAGCACAGUAAAGACAACAAGGCUCCCGACAGCAAACCACUUCACCGGGCUGAGGAGAAGCAGAAAGAGACAAAUGAUUUGGACCUGAGCAGACAGAAGGACAAGCAGCAAUACAACAUCCUUCUUUCCCCUUAUCUCUCGGGCCACAUGCAUGCCCAUGUUGGCAAGUCUGCACAGUCAUGUCAGGAGAGAGAUGCAACAGAUGAACAAAGUAGUAUUGAAACAUCCCUUAAGAGCAGCAGAAGAGACAAAGAGAGCUCUGCAUCUGGACCUCAACCUCUGGUGACAAAUCCGAUCUGCUCUGCCACUGAGAGCCACACCCCAUGCCUGCAGGAGAAGGAAAAUCCUUCUAAACUACCUAGGGAUACAUGUGAAAGCGAGGAUGAGCAGAGUAUAAGAAGUAGCUCUGACAGCAACUCUAGUGAUGAUGACGAUCGUGUAACUCUACCUGGGGCGCGAAACUGCGCCACUGAUAGCAGUGGUGAUGACUCAGCAAGUGACAACAAUGACUGUGAGGAAGAGGAAAAUGAAAUUCCACACUCAUUUGAUGAAUUAAGCUCUGACAGUGAGCAGGAUUCCCCAUCCUCUAGCACAGAGAAGGACUCUCCUCCACCAUCUACUAUCAAGGCUGGCAUUCUACCAUGUCCCACGGAGCCUCCAGCCUCGGGGAAGAUGCAUGGCCAGUGGGAGAUUCCCCUUUCAUUCCACCCACAUGACAUCCCCCUUGCCACUUUGGCAAGCGGUGUGACCGCCCAUGCGCAGGCUCCUGUCCAAAGCAAAGCAGAAGCACCUCAGGCAAACUCGAAAACCAACGUACCACCGGCAGCCCCAACGCAGCAGGAGGCUUAUGACCUACUGGCUGAUUUCCCAGCUCUCCAGCCCCCAAAGAAACCUUUAGCAUUGGGUGUAUUGCGUGAUGGGAAUCCCAAGACUAAAAAUGCAGCAGGGAAAAGAGAGCUUACUCACUUACCAAACCACUGCCAAAAGAUGGCUUCCCAUCAGAGGAGGAUGGAAAAUGUGCCCCGCGAGGUCUUCUCCAUCUGUGCAGGAGAUCAGAAAUCUGUGCUAGACCUUCAAACAUUUGGCUCAACCAACCAAGUCAAGUCUCCUGCCAUCAGCUGUGAGGAACUGAAGGCCAACAAUCAGCCGCCUCCUACAGUUGCAGGUACAGAUGGCGUGGGUGUUAAUGCCAGGUCCUGGGCUAGCGCCGCCAAGGCGGGCAUGAAGCAAGCAGCUGCCCCUCAGGAUAAAGCCAGACCUUGUACCUUUCAGCAGAUAGUUACCAUUAACCGCGCCAAAGCCGGGUAUUCUGCUGUUCAGAACUUCGGCAACAAAGUGACUCCUUUUCAUCAGACGGUUGCUACGUGUCAUGGCCCUCGACACCGAAACCCAAACCGUUUUGUUAAACCUGGUUUAAACACCCAUCAGUCAGGCUUUGGUAUUCGCAACCGUCCAGGCCACAGCAGUUAA